CAGAGUUAAGUUAACGACAGCUAGUUCAUUUAUAAGCUUAAUUGCAGAAUAAAAAAAACUUUGUAGAGCAAAGUUUGAUUUAUCUACUGAUAUUGAGAGUUGUUCAGUGAAUAAAGCGGGAAAGGACGAUAGGCACCUCAAAUAUGAGUCGUCACUGGAUGUACAGCCAGCAGCAGAGGUUGCUGUCUCAGCGCCAAAGUCAGGAGCAGCACAGGGCAGAGGAGGCCCGGCGUCUGGAUAGAGAGAGGCAGCUACAGGCCAGUCUGCGGGACCAGGAGGGCUUUGACAGGAGGAGACACCUGCGACAGGUACAGGACGAGCUCAAGAUGAGGCAGAUGGAGAGCGAUCUGCUGAAGGCAGAGGAGGAGAAGACAAUCAAAGAAAAGCAACUUGAACAAGAGGAAAGAAUAGCUAAAGAGCUGGCCCGUAUCAACUUUGAGAAGCAAAGAGAGGAGAAAAUGAGGCAGCAUAUCAAAGAGAACAGCCUGGAGCUCCAAGAGUUGGAGUUAAAGCUGAAAUCUGCUUAUCUGAACAAGGAAAGAGCCGCACAGAUUGCUGAACAGGAAGCUAUGAGGUUUGAGACAAUGCGCAACGAGGCAGCCUAUGCCCACUGUAUGAAGCUUGAACAAGAGCAAGCAACCGCUGAACAGCAGAAGCUGGAGAAGAAACACCAAGAGGAGGUGGUGCAGUAUCAGAGAGAGCUGGAGCAGCAGCUGCUGGAGAGGGAGUACAAAAGACAAGAAGCUUAUGAGGAGUUCCUCAAAGAGAAGCUCAUGGUGGAUGAGAUUGUCCGCAAGAUUUAUGAGGAGGAUCAGAUGGAGAGGCAGCUGAAACUGGAGAAGGUCAGAGCCACUCAGCAGCACAUUGAAGAGUUCAAGAGACAGCAGGCCAAGUGGAGACGGAUGGAGCAGGAAAAGAUGGAGGAGGAGAACAGACGCAUCAGGGAGUUUGCAAGCUAUCAGCAGCACAUGGAGGAGGCCAGGAUGGCGAAGAUCAGGGAGCGAGAAGAAGCAAAAGAGCAUCUGCAAAAAAUACUGACUGAGAAGAUAGAAGAGGAGAAGCAGCAGCGUGAAGAAAUGGAGCGAGUGCGUGAGGAACUUUGUUUAGAGGAACAGGAGGAGGCUAACAGGCAGAGAGAAAUUGAAGCGAUGGAGAAGAAAAUCAGACACAGGCUGAUGAUGCAGCAGACCUAUCAGGAGCAAAUGGCUUUCAAAGAGAUGCGUAGGCAGGCAGAGAAAGAGGAAGAGGAGGCCUUCAGGAAAAUGAUGAUGGCCAAGUUUGCAGAGGAUGACCGGAUUGAGCAGAUGAACGCUCAGAAACGACGCAUGAAGCAACUGGAACACAAACGUGAAGUGGAGAAACUGAUAGAGGAAAGAAGACGACAGAUUCAGGCUGAUAUGGAACUGGAGGCCAAAGAAAGAGCAAUUGAGCAGGAGAGAGAGGUGCUGCGUAGACAGAUAGUUGAAGAAGAAAGGCAGAAACUUCUUAAACGUCACGCAACAAAACUCCUUGGAUAUCUACCAAAGGGCUUGCUCCGUGUAGAAGACCUGCAGCACUUUGAUGAAAACUUCAGGAAAAACUUUCAAACUCGUCAGACAGAUAUGUUCUCUGAUGAAGAUGAUGAGUGAAUCUUUAUGCUUAAAUAAUUUGUU